GGCCCCCGGAGCCCCGCGCUGAGCCGGCCUGGGCCCCGCGAUGCUGACGCCCCGGCGGCGCGGAGGGCGCGCAGGGCAGCGCUGAAAGUUGGCGGCGGCAGCGAGCGCAGGACGCAGGAGACUCAGGGACCGAACCCCCGACGCCUGGGAGGGGCCGGGCCGGCCGCCAGGUUCAGGGAGAGGGCGCCGGGACCCCCUCUCCCCGCCGGGACGCCGCCGUGGGAUGUAGAGCCGGCCGCAGCCGCGGACCCCCUCGGACCCUGCCCCGCGGCCCCGUGUCUCCCCGCUGACCCGCCCGCCCGCCUCGGGACAUGCUGGGGCACAGCCGCAACGGGCAGGCCCACGUGCCCCGGCGGAAGCGCCGCAACCGCUUCGUCAAGAAGAACGGCCAGUGCAACAUCGAGUUCGCCAACAUGGACGAGAAGUCCCAGCGCUACCUGGCCGACAUGUUCACCACCUGCGUGGACAUCCGCUGGCGCUACAUGCUCAUGAUCUUCUCGGCGGCCUUCCUGGUGUCCUGGCUCUUCUUCGGCCUCCUGUUCUGGUGCAUCGCCUUCCUGCACGGGGACCUGGAGGCGGGCCCGUCUGCGGGGGCCCCGGCGGCCCCCAAGCCCUGCAUCAUGCACGUCCACGGCUUCCUGGGCGCCUUCCUGUUCUCGGUGGAGACGCAGACCACCAUCGGCUACGGGCUGCGCUGCGUGACGGAGGAGUGCCCCGUGGCCGUCUUCACGGUGGUGGCGCAGUCCAUCGUGGGCUGCAUCAUCGACUCCUUCAUGAUCGGCGCCAUCAUGGCCAAGAUGGCCCGGCCCAAGAAGCGGGCGCAGACGCUGCUGUUCAGCCACCACGCGGUGGUGGCGCUGCGGGACGGCCGGCUCUGCCUCAUGUGGCGCGUGGGCAACCUGCGCAAGAGCCACAUCGUGGAGGCCCACGUGCGGGCCCAGCUCAUCAAGCCCCGGGUCACGCAGGAGGGCGAGUACCUGCCGCUGGACCAGCUGGACAUGGACGUGGGCUUCGACAAGGGCCUGGACCGCAUCUUCCUGGUGUCGCCCAUCACCAUCUUGCACGAGAUCGACGAGACCAGCCCGCUGUUCGGCAUUAGCCGGCAGGACCUGGAGGCGGAUGACUUCGAGAUCGUGGUCAUCCUGGAGGGCAUGGUGGAGGCCACGGCCAUGACCACGCAGGCCCGCAGCUCCUACCUGGCCAGCGAGAUCCUCUGGGGCCACCGCUUCGAGCCUGUCCUCUUUGAGGAGAAGAACCAGUACAAGAUCGACUACUCGCGCUUCCACAAGACCUACGAGGUGCCCGGCACGCCCUGCUGCUCCGCCCGGGAGCUGCAGGAGAGCAAGAUCACCGUGCUGCCCGCCCCGCCGCCGCCGCCCAGCGCCUUCUGCUACGAGAACGAGCUGGCGCUGCUGAGCCCCGAGGAGGAGGAGCUGGAGGAGGAGGCGGCGGCCGCGGCGGCCGCGGUGGCGGCCGGGCUGGGCCUGGAGGCCGGCUCCAAGGAGGAGGCGGGCAUCAUCCGGAUGCUGGAGUUCGGCAGCCACCUGGACCUGGAGCGCAUGCAGGCCACCCUGCCGCUGGACAGCAUGGCCUACCGCCGGGAGUCGGCCAUCUGACCCGGGGCCCGCCCGCCCGCCCACCCGCCUCCCGGAGCCUCUGCGGGGGGUGCGGUGCCGGGACACCCCUCCGCUCUCAGGCCGGCGCCGGCCGGGCUCCCGGGACCCUCUGGAGGGAGGCGGGCUUCAGAGCUGGGGCCCCCUUCCCGCUGACUCAGGUGCCCACACCGGGAAGGGCACCGGGCGCCCUCUGCCCAGCGCCUGCCCGCUGGCGGUUCCGGGACCCGGACUCACCGUCCUUCCCCCACCAAUCCUCAAGGACGAGCCCUUUGCUCUCAGGACCUGGGGGCGCACUGGGCUGCAGAGGGCGGCGUCAGAGGGCCGGGUGCGGGGAGUGGGGGGAGGGCAGGUGGGCGCGUGUCUUUGCAUGACUGUGACCUGUUGCUCAUGACGUUCUUUUGUAAAUCCCUGUACACGGAGGGGACGGAGGCGCGGAUCCACCGGCUGUCCCUCCGUGCACCCCCUCC